AUGGCGCCCACCCUGCGCCCCAGCCCAGGGGAGCUGGAGCGCCACCGGCGGGAGGCCGCGCAGCGGCUGCGCUGCGAGAGGCUGCGGCAGGUGCGGCAGCUCGAGGACGCCCACGCGCGAGAGGUGCUCCGUAGGCGCCUGGGGAGCGCGCAGCGCAGGAGCUGCCACCAGAGGGCGUCGGAGCUGCAGGAGGCGCUCUGCGAGAAGCGCGCGCGGCUCGCGGAGCUGCUGGCGGAGCAGGCCGCGUGCGAGGCGGCGUUCGGCGCCGCCUCGCGCGAGGCGCUCGCGCGCGGCCGGGCCCAGCACCUGGACUCGCUGCGCCGGGCCGCGGCGCUGGCGCAGCGCCAGGGGCUGGAGGUGCAGCGCGCCCAGGACGCGCUUCGCCACCUCCGCGAGCCACACGCUGCGCGCCUGCGAGAGGAGCUCGAGCGCAGGGCGCAGCUGUGGCAGGUCCGCGAGUCCGAGGACGCGAGAGCGCAAGCAGUGGCCCAGUCAUCGCGCGACGAUGCUCGCGCCGCCGUGGUGCGCCACGGGGCUCACGACGACGCGCCGCUGCCGCCCCUGCGGCGGGCGGGUUCGCCAGGCCCCAGUCCUCACGGCGUGGACGUCGACUAUUCGGAGACAUGCUUCCACGCCAUGGACUAUUCGAAAGUAGUGCUUCAAGACUUGGACUACUCGACGACCUGUUUCCACGCCCCGCGGCCAGAAGCAGCGGCCCCCGCCCGCGAGGGCUCGCUGCCCCAGCGCCCGGGGGCGGAGGCAGAGGCCGGAGAGCCCUGGCCGUGGCCCUCCUCGCCCCCGCCGGCGCCCUCUCCGGCGCCGUCGCCGCUGCAGCUGGAGCGGGCGAGCUCGCGCGGCCGAGAGGCGCUGGCGGAGCUGGCCACGAGAAGGCGCGACGAGCAGCUGGCCAAGCAGCUCGCGGCGCGGGUGACCUCGCCGCCGCCGUCCCAGACGCAGCUGCAGCGGGCCAUCGACCGAGGCCGAGCAGCGCGAGCCGAGAUAGCGGAGAGGAGGCGCUGCGACGAGCUGUGCAAGCAGCUGGCGGCGGAGGAGGCGCGCCAAAGGGCCGCCAGGGCCCGCAGCCCCGCGCCCCUGCCGCGACAGCCGCGGCUGCAGGGCGGAGGCGCGGAGGAGGCGAAGGCGAGCCCGCUGGACCCGGCCACGACCACCAUCGGCUGCCGACCGACCCCGGACCGACCACCUCCUCGACCCGUCGGCUGCCCGCGCCGCCGACCCCGCGGCCGGGCAGCCGUCCGUCCGCCUGGGCCGGGACAGGGCGCUGCCCGACGUCGACGCCGAGCGCAGGGAGGACGGACCCGGGCGGCAGCGCAGUGCUGGACGCUCGCGAGCCGCGGGGGGUGUCUCCAGGGACCUCCUCCUCAAGCGGCGGCGCAGGGCUGGACGCUGGCGAGCCGCGGGGGGGAUCUCCAAGGAGCUCCGCCUCGAGCUCGAGGGGCACAGCGCCGUGCGGCGGCGGCUUUCACAGUGCGGAGGACGUCCCAGGUGCCCACUGUUCCUCGGAGUCGUCAGGCCAGCCCACGAAGGUGUCGGCCACCCCUGCGGCGGCGUGCCCACUGCGCAGCUGGCACAGUGCAGUGGAGGACUCCGAGGCCCGCUGCCCCUCGGAGCGGUCCGGCCAGCCCACGCAGGUGUCGGCCAUCGCUGCGGUUGCGGGUCCACUGCGCAGCUGGCACAGUGCAGAGGACGCCUCAGGGGCCCGUUGUCCCUCGGAGCGGUUAG